AUGCCUCAGCAGUCAAAUCAGAUUCUUUUCUGCUUGGCCCUGUGCAUUCUGCUUGGACUUGUCCGCUACAUGACGAGUGAUUCACUAGCCACGCUCUCGGAAGAGGAUAAGGCACGAUGGUGUCAGACCUGGAAGCUAGCGACCUCUUCGUUGGCCGUAAGCAAGGAUGAGAGUGUUUUGGUGCAGUCUGUUGAGGUUGCCAAACAAACCUUGUCAAUGCCCCCGGCUCUCUUGGAAGGGGUGCGCUACUCGCUAACUGGCAUGAAUCCGAUGGCGAAAAGGGCAGAUGACGACUUUAAUCGCAGGGCGAAUCUAGAUCUGCUCAAGGUGCUCCAGACAAUGCAUCCGCCUCCAGUGUCUAUUUUCCCCAGCUUCGCAGCAGAUGACGAUUGGAAGGAAGAAGGAUUCACAGUGCUGUUUCCGGUGGACGGGCAUGACGAGAAGGAGCUCGAUGAUGUCAUGACUGCCACCGGGCGCCGCUUCCAGCAGGCCGCGAUCUACAAGUACCGCCGUGGCUCUGACAGCACUGGGCUUCUGCAAUGGGUGCUUCCCUGCUCCCCGGACCUGGUUGCUGUCGCCUCCGAAACGCCUGUGGCGGUUGUCAGCCACAGCUAG